UAAUAUUCCGAUUUUCUUUUAUUUGGUUUAUAAAAAGUGAAAAAUAACUAAUUUUUCUUUCUAAAAAGCAAUAAUGCCACAUUCUAUUCCAUGUUCAAUUCCAUCCUUAAUUACCUUUCUAAUUCAAAACAUUUUCUAUCCAUUAAAAAUAAGAAAAAUAUAAUCUUCCAUUAACACCCUCUUAUUUACCACCAUACUUUUAAUAUGCACACAUUAGCAUCAUCCAAGCAUGACAUACAUCUAUAAAUGGCCAAAAAAGUGCCCAUAUGGCAAGAUCACUUUUUUCUCCCCACAUAAAUCUACCUUUUCGAGUCUUAUAUAUAGCCCCAAACUAUAGCUCAAGCUUUCAUUCUUACCUUUCAUAUUACACCACACUCCCAACAUAAAAUCAUCUUCUUUACUUAUUCUUCUCUCUUACUAUACUAUAUAUAGCCUUAUCUACAAUUUCAUAUAGUAAAAAUUCAACAAUAUAUAUAAUUUAUCAUCCUUUUUUCAUUGAUCAAAUAUUAUUGUAUCAAAAUUACUGCCAUCAUAUAAUUAUACAUAUGUCUCAUAAGGGAGAAAAUGUCAUGGUUUCAAAUAUGAAACUUGAGAAGAUGUUGUGCAUGAAAGGUGGAAAAGAUCAAACUAGCUAUGCUAAUAAUUCUCAAGCUCAGGCACAACAUGCAAAAUCAAUGUUACACCUUCUAAAGGAGGCCCUAGACAGGGUGCAAUUAGGACCACAAGACAUGCCCUUUGUUGUUGUGGACUUAGGGUGUUCCUGUGGAUCAAAUACCGUCUACAUUGUCGACGUGAUCGUCAACCACAUGGCGAAACGCUACGAGGCCUCGGGUUGCGAGCCGCCUGAGUUCUCGGCGUUCUUCUCAGAUCUCCCCUCCAAUGACUUCAACACCCUCUUCCAACUCCUCCCUAGCUACUACUCCUACGACGGCGAGGGAGGUGGUAGCAUGGAGGAGUGCUUGGCCGCCGACAAACACCGUUCCUACUUUGCUGCUGGUGUUCCCGGAAGUUUUUACCGGCGACUUUUUCCGGCGAGAUCCAUCGAUGUUUUUCACUCGGCAUUUUCCUUGCACUGGCUAUCUCAGAUUCCAGAGAAUAUAUUAGAUAAGAGGUCAAAGGUAUACAACAAAGGGAGAAUAUUUAUCCAUGGAGCUAAUGAGAGCAUAGCAAAUGCUUAUAAAAAGCAGUUCCAAACAGAUUUGGGUGGAUUUUUAAGGGCAAGAGCAGUAGAAAUGAAGGGAGGUGGGUCCAUGUUCCUUGUUUGUUUGGGAAGGACCUCAAUUGACCCAACAGACCAAGGUGGGGCUGGCCUCCUCUUUGGUACACACUUUCAAGAUGCAUGGAAUGACCUUGUCCAAGAGGGUCUUAUAACAAGUGAAAAACGAGACAGUUUCAAUAUUCCAGUCUAUGCACCAAGCUUACAAGACUUUAGGGAAGUAGUAGAAGCCAAUGGAUCAUUUACCAUAAACAAGCUUGAAGUGUUUAGGGGUGGAAGUCCCUUGGUGGUAAGCCACCCAGAUGACUCGUCCGAAGUCGGUCAAGCCUUCGCCAACAGCUGCCGGAGUGUCUGUGGGGUCCUCGUCGACGCUCAUAUAGGUGAUCGGCUAGGAGAUGAGCUCUUUCUAAGGGUAGAAAACCGUGCAACCACCCAUGCAAAUGAGCUACUUGAACAACUUCAGUUUUUUCACAUUGUUGCUUCCCUCUCUUUUUGCUUAGACCAAAAAUUAACUACUACUUCAAAAAAUACCUAGCUAGUUAAGGUGGGAAUUGGGGUUUUAGGUAGCCUCUUUAAUUUGCUGACUGAUGCAAGUCAAAAACUUUAGGCUUUAGUUGAGUUGAUCUUGUGUAGUUUCUUUGUUUUUUUUUUCCUCGUAUUUAUUGGCAUUUUUCUUUUAGCUUUGUUAAUCUAAGAGUACCUAAACUGAGAAAAAGAAUAUAUAUGUUCAUGUCAA